CUUAUCAUUUUGAACGGGUAGAAAAGAAGCCUCGACACAUGUAGCUGCAAUAACCAGCCAACCAUCGAGUCUAGACUGCUAGAUUUUUGUCCGGACCGAGAUUAAUCUUUCCUCUAAACUUGGGAGAAGAUCCAGGGGCUGAUCUUUUCGCAAUGGCCAACGCUCCGACAAGCAAUGAUGCAUGUUUGAGCAUUGUCCAUUCACUGAUGUGUCACCGACAAGGAGGGGAGUCCGAAGCUUUUGCAAAAAGAGCUAUCGAGUCUCUAGUUAAGAAACUCAAGGAAAAAAAGGAUGAGCUAGACUCUUUGAUUACUGCUAUAACAUCUGCAGGAACCCACCCUUCUAAAUGCGUAACUAUCCAACGUACUUUAGAUGGAAGGUUGCAAGUUGCUGGACGAAAAGGUUUUCCACAUGUGAUCUAUGCUCGGAUAUGGCGUUGGCCUGACUUGCACAAAAACGAACUACGACACGUGAAAUACUGUCAAUUUGCCUUUGAUUUAAAAUGUGACAGUGUAUGUGUGAACCCUUUCCACUAUGAGAGAGUUGUAUCGCCAGAUAUCACUGGGCUAAGUCUUACAAGAAACUCAGAUUCGUCCUUCGGAGGCGGUGGACAAAGUGAGCCGGACUUUAGACAAGCCGUUGUACCCACUGCUCAUCACUUCCCUGGUGGACAAACAAUUCCUCCCCCAGUAGGACCCUCACAGGAUUUGUACCCUAUACAUGCCGCAGUCGAAAGUGGUGGUAUGGGACAUGCCUCACAAGCAGAAACUCCAGUUGGAGGACCAACACCGUCGGGCUGGAGUAGUCCCACGUCUGCAACCUUCACGCAGACAUCAGCUGCGCAGGGAUUCUGGUCACAACAAGAACCUGUUGAAGAUACAGGACCAAUAUCAAAACACCCUCCUCCUGAACACUGGUGCUCUAUAGCUUACUUUGAGCUGGAUCAGCAGGUCGGAGAAAUCUUCAAAGUUACUUCUAACUGUCCGUCCGUCACUGUUGAUGGUUAUGUUGAUCCAUCAGGAGGAAACAGGUUCUGUCUUGGACAGCUUUCUAAUGUUCAUCGGACUGAAGCCAGUGAAAGAGCUAGACUUCAUAUAGGUAAAGGAGUUCAGCUUGAUUUACGAGGUGAAGGUGAUGUCUGGGUACGCUGCCUCAGUGAACACAGUGUAUUCGUACAAAGCUAUUAUCUCGAUCGGGAAGCAGGCCGUUGCCCUGGUGAUGCAGUCCACAAGAUCUACCCUAGUGCUUAUAUAAAAGUAUUUGAUCUGCGUCAGUGUUAUCGACAGAUGAAACAGCAAGCACACUCAGCACAGGCUGCUGCUGCUGCACAGGCGGCUGCAGUAGUCAGCGGUGUAGGCCCAGGAGCUUUGCUUCCUCAAAUGGGACAAGUAAGUGUUGGGGUAGAUGACUUACGGCGGUUAUGUAUUUUACGACUUAGUUUUGUUAAGGGAUGGGGUCCGGAUUAUCCACGAAAAAGCAUUAAAGAAACGCCAUGUUGGAUUGAGAUCCAUCUUCAUCGAGCUUUACAACUGUUAGAUGAAAUCCUUAUAGGUAUGCCGAUUAAUGAACCAAGGCCGCAUGAUGCAUGACGCUAGUUCACUACAUAGAAAAAGUAUCUAUUGUAAUUCAUUUGCCAGUAUUACCUCGCAUGUGACGUCAAAGCUGCUCAACUUGGAGGACAAAACAAAAGAAUUUCAUUCUCAUGAGAAUUGGAAAUCCAUUGUUUUGCCUCCAAAUUGAGCUGCAUUAUGACAUACUGCAAGAGGUCUUUAAGAGUUUACUUCGAUGGUUAGUAAUAAGAAUGAUCAAGUUCUAUAUUCUCUUUGUCUUUUUAUUGAAAAUAUGGAGAUUUUUGCAGGAGAUUGUAGAAUUUGGUCAGACAUGGUAAGAAUGUCUCUUAAUUUCAUUGUGACUUUAAUAUCAAAGAUAAUGUAUCGUAUGGCUUUCAAUGGCUGUAACAACACGUUCAGUUAGUAAAACAGCAAAUUUCAUGCAGAUGUGAAAAAUUUACAGUAUGGAUAUGCCGUGAUUACUAGUUGGUGGGGUAGUACACUUGUCUCUAACCUCUGGAGUCUUGGUUUUGAUUUCUGAACUCUACAUCACUUGGUAUUAUGCUUUGUUACAGUGCGACUACUCCAACCAAAGCCACCUCGACAAAUUUUUCUAGUCACACUGUAAGUCUCUCGCUUAAAUUAAGGUUUUUUCAAGCCAGGUUUCCAGUAUCCUUCCCUCCRCAAAACCUAACAAGUUUACAAGUUGCAGCUUAUUCUUUGAGCUAUGCCUUGCCCUGAUCAGCCCAGAUUCUGUCUUAGGGUAUUGAUAAAAUUGAAUUUGAAGAGGUGUAGAAACCAGAUUUAUAACACAGUGCAUCUAUAUUGUAAAUUUUUUUUACAGCCAUAUGAGAUUUGCUCUAAGCUACAGUUAUCACAGCAUAACUAAUAAACAUAACAUUUCCUAAAAUUAUUUUUGAUAAUAUAAACUACAACACAGUGAAGUAAAUUUAGAUUUUAUGAAUAGAAAAUUGUAGAAAAUAAUUAUGAAAAUAUCUCAUGUAGUUGAUUGUAAGACUGUAUUAAUAUACAUGUUAAUAAUUAGUGGUUCUUUGAAUAAUGUGUGCAGAAUAAUGAAUGGAAUAGAGUGUAUUUUGUAUAGCUGACGUGAAAUGGCACCUAAAUGGUUUCCUACUUUCCAUUUGCUUGAACCAAUCAGAAACUUUAGCUUUCAGUUAAAAACAGUUCAGAAUGGAAUUUACCCUUCACUGACACUCAAUUGGCUUCCACUCAAAAACAGUUCAGUAGAAGAUUGGAAUUUACCUUUACUGACACUCAAUCGACUUCAGUUCUGAACUAAUCAAAAACAAUUCGGCAUAAGUUUUGGAAUUUACCCUUCACUGACACUCAAUUGGCUUCCACUCUGAACCAAUCAAAA